CUUGACCUGUCAGAGUGACGUUUACAGUUCUUCGGCAAGCGUUGUGUCACGUCGCGAUUUGCGCGAAAUUGCUUUAAAAUUUGCUUAUCUUCUUCAAUUACUCUGCAGUAAUAAAGUUUCUGAAGCCUCAGCAACAAUCUUGAUUAUAUAAGGGUUCCAAAGCAUGAGGAUAUCGGCCAGGUGACCUCCGAUCAUGCUCCCGCGCAGCCUGCUAGGUGUGCGAUGCUGUUAGGUACGCCCUGCAUCUCCAGACAGUUGCAGAAAACUCCUACAGGCCUCCUGACCCUUAUGCGCCUGCAUCGCUGUGAGGGCUGCCUGGCGGCGUGCCCGCCGCGCCGGGCGCCGCUCGCGGACUAUCCCCGCUCUAUCUUUAAAACCACGUUGUGCAAGCGACGCCGCUCGCCCUACCCGAUGAGCCACAGCAAAUCGAACUGCACCAAGAUGGCGGACCCGACGCCGCCCACGCCGCCCGACAACAAUGCGCCACCCAUGCCCUGGUUCGGUAUGGACAUCGGCGGCACCCUGACCAAACUGGUCUACUUCGAGCCAAGGGAGACCAACCGGCGGGAGCUGGACAAGGAAACAGAGGUCCUCAAGAACAUCAGGCGGUACCUUACGAGGAACUCCGCGUAUGGCAACACGGGACGAAGGGACGUUCAUUUACAGAUGGACAACGUGACGAUCCGCGGCCGCCGCGGCACGCUCCACUUCAUCCGCUUCCCCACCACGGAGGUGGGCGCGUUCCUGCAGCUGGCGCGCUCCAAGGGCAUGGCCGCGCUCGUCAACACCAUCUACGCCACGGGCGGCGGCGCCUACAAGUUCGAGGAGAACUUCAUCAAGGAAGUGAACAUGCAUCUUCAGAAAUUGGACGAGCUGGACGCGCUGAUCGCCGGGCUGCUGUUCGUCGACGCGUGGCAUUCGGCCGAGUGCUACUACUGGGCGCCGCCGGGCUCGGAACUGCUGCACCACAACACUAGUAACACGCCGCCAUACUUGGAGGCAGCCCUGAGUCUUUACGAACGGCAGCCGUUCGACUUCUCCAAUCCGUACCCGUUCCUACUCGUGAACAUCGGGAGUGGCGUGUCUAUACUCGUGGUGAAUGGUCCUAACGACUUCUACAGAGUCAGCGGCACCAGUCUCGGCGGCGGCACAUUCCUCGGCCUCUGUUGCCUGCUAACCGGCUGCAGCAGCUACGAGGAGGCCAUAACGCUGGCGGCCUCCGGUGACAACACUACGGUCGACAAGCUCAUCAGGGACAUUUACGGCGGGGAUUACGCGCGGUUCGGCCUCUCCGGAGACCUUGUUGCUAGCAGUUUCGGUCAGAUGUGCUCAGCGGACCGGAGAGCCAAGGUGUCUCGGGAGGACCUCGCGCGGGCCACGCUCGUCACCAUCACCAACAACAUCGGCUCCAUAGCGAGGCUGUGUGCCAGCAAUCAAAAUGUUGAACGGGUCGUGUUCUGUGGCAAUUUCCUACGAGUCAACCCUCUGUCAAUGAAGCUCCUGUCAUACGCCAUGUCAUACUGGUCACGAGGAGCUCUUAAAGCGCUCUUCUUGGAGCAUGAGGGAUAUUUCGGCGCCGUGGGCUGCCUCCUGCAGCUAGACGACCACUACCACCGCAAGGAGAAGCCCCGCCCCAGCGCGCAGCCCCAACACGCCGACCGGUGAUCGCGCACCCGCCAGGAGGCCGAGGAGGGCUCAGGAGGUGUAGUAGGAGUUUAGCCGUAACACAGAAUAAAUAAUACUAGUACGUACAGAAGGUUCACUCUCUAACAAAACAGAUAUGGCCGAUAGGUAGGGUUGCCAUAAUUAGUCGGAACCGAUAAGGGACAAUGGACAACUGUUUUACCUGAGGGCCAUAUUGAGCCCCAGAAACGUUCGCGUGUGCCACCGAGGGAGGGGGGGGGGUGUAUCUGGUUGCUUUGCUGUUUGGAGCUGGGGUUCUAGAGCGCUAUUAAUAAAUAAAUAAACAUUAUAGGCAGGGUCACUACCCACUAGGCCAGACCGGUCGACCAAAUACCGGACAAAAACGGGACCAGUAAAAAUACGGGACGUGAUACUUAAAUACGGUGACAGUCCCGUAUAUACGGGACGUAUGGCAACCCUACCGAUAGGUGGCGCAAGCGCAGCAGACGUCUCCGUAGACUACUGCUAUACACCAAAAUUGGUGUGGGCAUGAUAGCAUCUAAACCAUCAUCUGACAAAGUAUCAAGUGGGAUGCGACUGACGAUAUUUGCUCCUGGCCCGCGGUCUAUUAACUUUGACUUUUAAAUAAAAUAUACUAAUUACAGAAUAAUGCUGACGUCAUAAUGUGACGUUCCACGGCAAAAGGUACCUUAUGGCGGCUGGCGCUUACGUCGCAUAGCGCCGCAAUAAUAUUGGCGUUAAUAACAGCGUAAGCGCCAACCGCCAUAAGGUACCUUUACACGUGGGACGUCACAUAUGAGUUGAAAAUAAGUGUUAAUGUUGCAUAAUUUAAAAUUCAUUUCCUUUUAAAAAAAAAUUAUUAUGAACAACUCAAAAAACCGACAUUUAAUAAUCGGGACUUGACAUUUUAUUCAUUAUGAGUAUUAUAUUAUUUUUUACAUGUGUUGAAGAAAUACUUGUAUUUCAUGAAAGUGUAAGCAUAAUCAGCUAUACAAAUAUUGACAUUGCUAGGAUAUUUAGCAUAGAUAUUUUUGUAGCCAAAUAUUACCAUGGUUGACAUAUUUCGUCCGGAAAUCGUGAAACAGGUAGAAUCCUGUGAGAAAUAUCAAAUGUUGUAAAUAUAAUAAAUAUAAAGAUCAUACAAAAAAAAAUAUAGUCAGACCGUAAAAAGUCUGCAGCGAUUUUGAUAGCCCACGCAGUGCAAGUAUCAUUUUAAACGUCAAACUUCUAUGAAAUUAUGACGUAUACAUAACACUUACACUGCGUGGGCUAUCAAAUCCGCUGCAGACUUUUAUUGGUGCGACUAUACUUGCAUUAACUGUCAUACUAUGUGUUAUGCUUUAGUUAUGCUAAAAUGCCAGCAAAAUAAUGAAUUAAUAGCAUAAUAUUGUUACAAAAAUCCAGAUACAGAUGUACCUAGUGCAUAAUUAUUUUCCAUCGUAUUUUCACGGAAACGUACGAACGUGUCUGCUAUUUCAGUCAGUCUCGGUACAAAAAGUACUGAGGUUGGCUGAAGUAGCAUGACAAAUACGAACGUUUCCGAUAAAAUACGAUGGGAAACAAUUAUGCACUUUACAUCUGUAGCUGAAUUGAUGCGUCAACGAGAUUUUAUAAUAUAAUUGUAAAUCAGUUUAUAAAAUAUUUCAAUUUCAUUGUCAGCAAUAAUAGAUAUUAUAGGUAGGAAAGAAUAGUAGGCGCGGUCUCUUUCUAUCGCAUUGGCCAGAAAGAGAUGAGCUAUGUACUGUCAGAAGCAGAAGUAGCUAAACGGGCCAAGACUCCAAAAUUAUCUGUACACAUAUUUGAGAAUAAGAGAGUGUAUAGCUAUUUUGAACGCUUGGCCCACUUACUUACAUCUCGUGCUGUCUAUAAUUCUAUAAAUGGGAAUCUUUCAGACAUAUGUGACGUUUUCAGGUAAAAAGUACCACAUUGUCAUUAACCAUAAGAACGAAAUUUGCUUAUAUUUUUAUACGAAUAAGCUGUCAGCGCGUCCUUAUGGCAAGCAACAAUGUGGUACCUUUUGCUUGAAAACGACACAUUCGACACAUAUAUAAUUAAAUUAUGUGAAAAAUCAUAUAAAAGAGCAGAAGUGUCGUUAUACGAAUUUAAUCCUUAUGUCAACGCACGUAAGUCGCUAUUGCAUUGAACCCACUGACGGUAAUAUCCGUCGAGGGGGAACGGUCAUAUACGGGGAUAGUCCUUAUUUAUGUUUUUUUAGUAGUCAUUCCUAAAGGCACAAAUAUGAUUUCCACUUUUAGAUGUAUUUUUGAUAUUAUUGUGAAUUUUUUUUGCGUUAAACGCAUGAGAGUGGGCGAAAAAAUUAUUGGAACCGAUUUUAAAAUUCAUUUUAUACCAGAACUCUCUUAGUUGCAUGUUCUAAUAAAAUAAUGUUAGAGUAAUUCGCCAGUAACUGGCCACCGGCCAAUAACUGGCCACCCUAAACUAAAAAUUAAUUAUACCUUUCCUUAAAUAGAAUUCAUUUUAGUUUAAGGUUUCAAUAACUAGCCAAUUUAGGGUGGCCAGUUACUAACAGGUGGCCAGCUACUGGCGAAUUACCUUAUGUGUAUGUGGUGUGACUUAUUAAUAAUGACCAAAUAAAUGUAUAAAAAAAUCAUAAAUUGUAUUCAAGUAUUGAGCUGUUCGGUAUAAAACCUUGAGUUUACAGAUGUAGUGUAUAAUUAUUUUCACCUCAGCAGCUCGAACAAGGGUACUUUGCUUCUUAAAAACAGUGAGCAAAAUGCGAUUUUGCUCACCGAGUCAUUUUGUCUCACUCAGUGAGCAAAAUCGCAUUUUGCUCACUGAGUGAGACAAAAUGAGUGAGCAAAAUCGCUUUUUGCUCACUGAGUGAUACAAAAUGCCAUUCAAGUGACCUUUAUAGUCAAAUGUCAUUUCAACAUGCGGGAUCUAAUACAAGUUCGAUAUACUUGGGUUCUAUUAUCUGUCCCUCUAGGUAUGUUCUCACUGCUUAGGGUGAAAAAUUUUGUAAAAUUUUCUACACGAGAUCAAAGUUAUUUACAUCUCGUGCGCUUUUGUAUCCCUUACUACGCUCAAGAUUCUAAAUUAGAUAUUAUAGAGUCUUUCGCUUGCUCGGGACUCAAAAUAAGCACUCGAAGAAAUAUCAAACUUUGAUCUCUUGUUGUACAAAUAACUAUUUCCAUCGUAAAUUCACAGAAACGUACAAACGUUUCUCGCUAUUUCAGUCAGUCUCGGUACAAAAAGUACUGAGGUUGGCUGAAGUAGCAUGACAAAUACGAACGUUUCCGAGAAAAUACGAUGGAAAUCAAUUAUUCACUAUAGUUCGCUUUUUUAGAUUUAGAAAAAUAACUACGCAAUCUUGACGUGUCUUUUAAUUGAAAAACGCUUUUUUUUAAUCAGUAACUAUUACUUAUGAUAGCAAGAGAAUGUAUAUGUGACAUCCUACGGGUAAAGGUACCUUAUGGCGGUAGGCGCUUACGCUUUUAUUAACGCCGCUCCAAUACUAAUUCGGUGCUAUGCGACGUAAGCGCCAACCGCCAUAAGGUACCUUUUCCCGUGGAACGUCACAUAUAAUCGUAUAUUAUACAAAAUGGUUACAUAUCGGCCGUGACGUAUGUUUCAAAAGUGUAAAAAAAAACAUCAAGAUUGUUUGCCUUUUUUCUAAUGCUAAAGAAACGAACUAUACAUCUGUAUAUCUAUUUCGAUCAUUAUUAUUUAUUAGCUUGGAUAUAGCCCACUCUCGCCAAUGUUUAUUUCCAAAACUACACUAAGCUAUGUAGUAAAAUAAUUUAGUUUAAUUAUGAUGGUGGGUAAGAUUUUAUACGUAUUUUUAAUUUAUAUUUUUAUGGGUAAACGUGAAUUAUGUUGUGAUACUAACGAGCGCAAAGCAGGGUGACAAACUUAACGUUUUAAUUAUUUUAAUAGAUGACGAAAACUGGUUAGACUGUUUUUUAAGCUCUUAUGCUUUAUUUCUUUACAGAUUCUCUGUUUUUAUAUAUUUAUUGCCCUAACUCUGUAUCGUUAGGUACUUAAAUAAUACAAAUAAUUUGUACGUAGUUAUAACAUGUAUUGAUUAACCAACCAAAUAUGUGACGUCCCACGAGUAAAGGUACCUUAUGGCGGUUGGCGCUUACGCUAUUAUUAACGCCUCUCCAAUAUUAUUGCGGCGCUAUGCGACGUAAGCGCCCACCGCCAUAAGGUACCUUCGGCCGUGGAAUAUCGCAUAUAAAGCCAUCUGGAUGUCACUGAACGACCUGACUUUACGUCCUACAUUAUUUGAUCGUGUAAUGUUUUCAUCUACCCUCAACUGGCUUAAGAAGCCAUUUGAGAGUAGAUUUUGUUUACUCUUUUUUAAAUACCUAAAGAUACAGACUACACUACCUAAUCUGUCUGAUCUUGUACUAAAAUGAAUACCUAAAAAGUCCGCUGAAUUGGGUAGUCGAAAUAUCAUUUAAUAUCUACAUUCUAGCAUAUAAAAACAGUUAGUUUUUAUAUGCUAGAAUCUAGAUUAGCCGGACCAGACGUUGGACCACAUCAGGUGUCAAACAUGGAUUUGUGUCGCUUAACUUCAAACUCGGGUAAAUCCAUUCGACCCUCUCGGGUAUUAUCUUUUGUUAAUACCAAAAUCGCAUAAUCUAACAGAUGGAUUUACCCGAGUUUGAAAAUAAGCGACUCACUUGUGUCUUCGAGCAACACCGGCUUCCGACACGUCGGAAGGGAGGGGCCCAAGCGAUAUCUCACCGUACAAAUCUUUCUGCCAUUUUUCGCGGGGGGAAGGUGCACACAGUCGCACUUCUCACACACUUACAUACAAAAUCCAAUCAGAGGCCCUACCGCGAACCACGUUCGACGUGUUGCCUCUCUAUGGCACUUGUAAAUUCAUACGUAAGUGUGACAGGGAGGCAACACGUCGAACGUGGUUCGCGGUAGGCCCUCUGUAAUGACGACACAAAUACAUAGAAAAUGACACACGUCAAAGACAAAUCUUGCAAACCUCGAUCUCUUUUUGUGUACGGACGAGUGACUAGUGUCACAACACGCACACUAACACAUUUUCGUUGAUGUAUGUCAUUGUAUUCUGAGAGAUGAGAAGUCGGAUUUGUCGCUCGACCGAUCCGCAAUUUGUACUGAGCGAGCAAAAUCGAUAAAUCCAACAAUUACUUGAGACUCAAAUAUAAUAAUUGUAUUUAAAUGUAAUUAAACGUAUGAUAUGUAAAAAAAAAUAUUACAUGUGAAAUGUAACACUUUCUUUUUGUAAAUUUGAUAUCCCCGACCUCUUUUUAUAACAAAAAACCGAGCAAACAGGCAUUUUUGUGCAGCAGUGUUCACGCGCGCGUCUGGACUCGGUCUAGUGAAAAAUCCAAGUGCAACUAGUUUUAUUACCCGCGGUAGAUUAAAUUGACACGCUAAUCUUGUACCUCGGCAGAGGGGAAAUAGUGCGAAUGCCGCCUCCCUUCCGUGUGUGUUGCUCGAAGACUUGUGUAUAAUUAUACCUAUGUAUUUUAGUUAUUGUAUAGUUGACGAAAUACAAUUUGCAUCGAUUCGAAAUACGAGAUCGUUGGAAAGGGGUCAUCCAUUAAUUACGUCACACCAAUUUCUAGGUUUUUUUUACCCCUCCCCCCCCCUUGUCACACUUGGUCACAUUUGGCAAACCCCUCCCCUCCUAGUGUGACGUCACAUUUUCUCUACGAAAUCGCCAAAUCGAAUUAAGUAAGUACCUAAGUAUUAUUAAUAUUUUAUCGAAAUAUUUUUGACGAUAUAAAUAUUAGUAAUUUUAUAACCCAAAACUGCUUAGGAAAGAAAAUUAAACGAUUAAAAACUAUUUUCGUUUUAAAAACUUGUUAUUUAAAUGUACAGCGAACUAAAUAAUUUAAAUAAAUUUUCGGUUACUGAUUAAGUUAAAGUGACGUCACAAAGUUUGUGUCUCCCCCCUCCCCCAUGUCACAAUAUGUCACAUUUUCUUGACCCCCUCCCUCCCCCUAAACGUGUGACGUAAUUAAUGGAUGACCCCAAAUUAUAUUUCGUCCACAAUACCUGUAACAGCUGUCAUUCUGGUACUAUUAGUGGUGUCAAAAUUAGAACAUACUCGUAAAAAUGUGCCAGAUUGACAUCUCUCACGGGCACGUUAUAUGAAAACUGCAUAUGUAUAUUUGGGCAUUUUGUGGCCAAAAUGAAAAGCAAGUUCUUAAAUUCAAAGACAGUUGUGGUACCAGGAUCACAUGUAGAUGAAGUGGUACUUUAUCAUUGUUUAAUCGUAAAUUGAACUUUAUGACAAGGUGCCUAAGUUGUUUUUCGCCUGCUUCCGGCGCUUAUUGUUGAAAAUGGACGAGGUGUGGGCGGUCGUGUGGAGCGAUUUUAAAUAUUUUGUAUGAAUAGAAAUAAAAUAAUCUAUUACA